GAGAUUUGCAAUUGUUAUGUUUAAUUUCAGAAAAAAAUGUCGUUAGUUGUUGUAUCAAGUUUCCUCCAACUUUAAAUAGCUAAAAUUCCGGUUUCUCCUGUUUAACGGCAACCAAACCUACCCUUCUAAAAAGAGAGUGCACGAAAGUCUUUCUGAUAGUUGAGAUGUUCUGAAAGUGAAAAGAAUUUUGGAUUGAGCACCUGGUAAAAAGAUUUUUUUUAUGAUUUACCGAAGAGUCUUGUGGAGAUUGUUCCAAGUUUAAACACAAUAUUGCGAAUUUUAUUACCUUGCAUUUUUGUUUUUAAACUUUGAACAUUUGACAGAACAUUUCUAAAAUCAUGUCUGGAGAAACGAAACAGAAGAAGACUGUUUCUGGUAAUAAGACCUCCAUCUGCUCUAUUUGUAACAGAUCGUUUGCAAGGCCUGAAUAUAUGAAAGCUCACAUGAAGACACAUACGGGAGAGAAACCAUAUGCCUGCACUGUAUGCGAGAAAACUUUCUCGAAAUCUGAUCACCUUACUGUACACAUGAGAUUACAUACUGGAGAGAAACCUUAUGCUUGCACUGUAUGCGAGAAAACUUUCCCCCAAUCUGGUAACCUCACUGUACACAUGAGAAUACAUACAGGAGAGAAACCCUACUCAUGCUGUGUUUGCAACGCGGCAUUUUCCGUAAAAUCUCAUUUGACGACACACAUGCGAACACAUACCGGAGAAAAGCCCUACUCUUGCGACAUUUGUAAAUUAUCGUUUGCUGACUCUAGUAGUUUGUCAAAGCACAAAAAAAAACAUACAGGAGAAAAGCCACACAUUUGUCAAAUCUGCAAAAAGGCGUUUGCAUUUACAAGCAACUUGAAAUCACAUAUGAGAACUCAUACCAAUGAUGUGAAAAAGCCGCACACUUGUUCUAUCUGUGACAAAUCAUUUACUUUACCUGGUAGUUUAGCCAGGCACAUGAGAACACAUACUGGAGAGAAACCCUUCUCCUGUUCGGUCUGCAGCAAACCUUUUGCCUCAGAAGCCGGCUUGAAAGUACACAUGCUAAGCCAUUCUGAAGAAAGAAGGUUUCCUUGUUCAGUUUGUGACGAACAGUUUAAAAACUUGGCUUAUCUGAAAAGUCACCUGAGGACGCAUACCUUUUUCAUGUCUCAGAUGUGAGAAAUCAUUUUCGCGAAAAAGUCACUUGGAGGUUCACAUGAUGAGUCAUGGCGGUUUAAAGCCUUACACCUGUAAAAUAUGUAAGAAAUC